GCGGUCCUGGGCUGCGCGCUGCUUGCGUGCCGGGAGCCCGUCGUCCCGCAGCCCCUGUCCCUCUUGGAUACCCUGUCCUCUCCUCUUCCCCUUUCCCGCCCCGGCCCACGGUGCGAGGCUGGGAGCCGCCGCCCGGGCCGCGCCGCGCCGCGCUGUCUCUGAAGGGCACAUGCCAGAGCACACCAUGCCUCCUAGUAAAGAUGCCAGCAGUUUUAACAGCUUGGCAGCAGGGCUCAUCUGCCUCCCUCCAAUCUCUGAGGAGCUACAGCUUGUGUGGACUCAAGCAGCACAGACCAGUGAGCUGGAUGGAAAUGAACACCUGCUACAGACCUUCAGCUACUUCCCCUACCCAAGCCUGGCAGACAUUGCACUCCUCUGCCUGCGGUAUGGGCUGCAGAUGGAGAAGGUAAAGACCUGGUUCAUGGCCCAACGCCUCCGCUGUGGCAUUAGCUGGUCAUCUGAGGAGAUAGAGGAGACUCGAGCCCGAGUGGUGUACCACCGAGAUCAGCUCCAUUUCAAGUCUCUUCUCUCUUUCACGCAUCAUGCGGUGUGGCCCCCACAGGAGAGACCUCCAGUGCCCUCUCCAGAGCAGGUUGCCUUUGAACUGUGUCCUCCGGCUCUUAGUGAGCCCACCCAGAUGAAAGGAUUGAAGGUUGAGCCUGAGGAACCCUCUCAGGUACCACAGUUGCCACAGAGUCACCAGAAAGUGAAGGAAUUUCUGAUGACAGGCAGCAGAGCAUUCCCCCACCCAUCAGAUUUUCGUCAGGAUCUUCAGAUCAGUGGACUCUCUAAGGAGCAUGCAGAAAGGGGUUCCGACCAGUCAUGUGGAGGGACUGCUUCCUGGAAUCAGCCCACAGCUGUCCAUCAGCCGUGUGCUGGGGAUAAGCCCCCAUCGAUCUCAUUACUUGUCAGUGGUUGUAAGGAGGAGUCAGCACCUAGUGGGACACCUCCAUCUCCCUCUUUCCAGGUAUUGGCUAAUGGAACUACUGCCACCCCUAAGCCUCUCCAGCCUGUGGGCUAUACCCCACAAUCAUUCUCGCCCAGUGAGCAGGCACUGUCUCCACAGGUAGAACCACUCUGGCCCCAAAGGCUACGGAAUAACUCAGCAAGUAGGGUCGGCCCCACAGAAUACCUUUCGCCAGAUAUGCAACACCAGCGAAAGACUAAGCGCAAAACCAAAGAACAGCUGGCCAUCCUCAAAUCCUUUUUUCUACAGUGCCAAUGGGCACGGCGAGAAGAUUACCAUAAAUUAGAACAGAUCACUGGUUUACCUCGCCCUGAGAUCAUUCAGUGGUUUGGUGAUACCCGAUAUGCCUUGAAGCAUGGACAACUGAAAUGGUUUCGGGACAAUGUAGUACUUGGUACCUCUACUUUUCAAGAUCCAGCUAUUACUACACCAUCAACUCAUUCUUUGAAAGAAUGGGCCAAGACACCACCUCUGCCAGCCCCACCGCCCCCACCAGACAUACGACCUUUAGAGAGGUACUGGGCGGCCCACCAGCAGCUGCAGGAAGCUGAUAUCCUUAAACUGAGUCAGGCAUCAAGACUUAGCACUCAGCAAGUGUUGGAUUGGUUUGACUCUCGAUUGCCUCAGCCAGCGGAGGUGGUAGUUUGUCUAGAUGAAGAGGCGGAGGAUGAAGAUGAGGAUGAAGAACUGCCAGAAGAUGGUGAGGAAGAGGAGGAGGAGGAGGAAGAUGAUGAUGAUGCCAUACAAGACUGAGGGGGUUGAGGAAGAAAAGGGGAGGUCUAUUACUGAAAGAUAAACCACCUUAUUGACCGUUUAAACCUUUUUGAAACACUCGGUCACAAAGAACUAAAACGUUUUGUGUUCAUGUGGGCAAGGCAGGAUAGUAAUUUGACAGUAGACUGGGGAGGUGACCAGGAUACAAACUAAGGAGUUGGAUCAACAGAAACCCAAUUCUCUAGCCUCAUGUGGAGAGGGCCAGGGAUCUGGGCAAACAAUGGCUGGAAAGGGCCCUUGCUCUUCUCUUGUUCUUUCUCGUUAGUACAUUUAAGCCUUGUCUCAGCCCCACACCUAUGUGGGACCUGGAAUGGAGAGUAUUGUGAUCCAACUUAGGAUCUCAGUGCACCCCCAAACCCCACCAUCUGUCAGAGCAAACAAGGCUGCUUUGUGCCCGUGCCUGUCUUUCUGAGCACGUGGCCAUGCACACUGCAGCUGGGAUCUGCACUGUCCCAGCUUUGUCAGAUACUUCCUCAUACCAGUUAGUUGGGUUUUCCACUCACUCACACAAGCAGAAUGCUUUUGCUUCUGACACUGGACCAAUCUGCCUUCUACCGUUUUAUUUCUAUUGUCUCAGGGUAACUCCUUACACAGUUUGUGAAAAUUUUUAAUAAUCAGGUUGUGAAUAUUCGUAUAUUUAUUGGAAGGGGGAAUUAGGGGAUUCACCCUUUAAAGCAUGUUGAGCCAGGCAUGGUGCCUGUGACUACAGCACUUGGCAGGUGUGGCAGGAAAUCUAGGAGUUCAAGGCCAGCCUGGACUACAUAUCAAGUUAAAAGCCAACCUGGACUAUGUAAGAGCCUGUCUUGAAACAUAACGUCACAGUGUGACAGAGAAGGGUGGUGGGGAUGUUACAGGUUUGGAUUUACAAACUUGACACCACUUUCUGUCCAGAUUGAUAAGAGACGGUUUUUUGUUUUGUUUUUUCCUUUUUUGCUACUGGUUCAAUUUGUAUCUAACAAGAAAUGUUUCCCUCUUUAUAGGAUCUGUCUUGGGGACAGAAGGACCAUGGUCUUCUAACUCAAUGAUGUUCUAGAAUAAAUGUCAACACUGGGGAUCACUGGUAACAAUGGGUUAGUCACCUGAAAAUAGAGCAAAGCCCCCAAUUGCUAAAAUAAU